AGUAGAAGAAGAAACGGCGUCUGUCAUUUUUAAUAUGCGUUAAAAUGCAGACAGGCGACGGCAUGGAUUUCCACAUCAAUCUGAAGGUGAAUUUUAGGGGAAAUUGUAAGAAUUUCCUCCUCUCGGGAUCGGAGACCAAGAGCUGGGAGUCGAUGGAGGCCAUGGUGAAACGGUCCUUCGGCCUCUGCAGCCUUCAGCUCACCUACUUUGAUGAGGAGAAUGAGGAGGUGUCCAUAAACAGCCAAGCUGAGUAUGAGGAGGCGUUGAAGAGUGCAGCGAGGCAGGGCAACCGACUGCACAUGAAUGUGUGUGAGACCCGAGGACAGCCGUUGCGGGUCUCAGCCACCAAGACCAGCGUAACUGAACCCAAGAGGGGUUUCAGACCCCCACAGCACUGUCCCACUCUGGCUCAGGUGGUCAGCCGCAAGGUCCAGGCUGCAGUACCGGAGCAGACCAUGUUUAAUCUGAAAGAGGUAAAAGGGACUAAAGAAGAGGACAAAACUCCCCCAGCCUGGUUCACCUCUUACAUGGAGAAGUUUAAGGACCAGGUGGUCCGUGAGGCAGUGGAGAAGAUAUGCCGGGAGUUCUCCGGGCAGUGCUGCAUCCACAAACCACUGGGAGGAGGAGGAGGAGGUGGAGGAGCAGGCAGAGUGGAGGCAAUAAGGGGGGCAGAGACCCAGCAGGCUUCUGAGAUGUCUUCCUCCACCCUGCCUGGAGCUCCGACCUCCUCUACGCCUCCCUGCUCCUCCUGCAGGGGGCAGACCACCGGAGGAGGCUACCAGUGCAGCGUCUGUACUUCCUGUACUCUGUGUGAGCCGUGUAGCUUCUCUCAUGAUCCCAGCCACAACCUGGUGAGGGCGAGGACUCCGCUGUCCAUCCCGGAGCAUGGAUCCCCGGCUCCAGACCACAGCAGAUUCUACAGAAGAGGCGACCGCAGCUUCCGGAAGGCGGAGAAGCAGCGGCUAAAGGCGGAAAAACGCUUGCUGAAGGCCGAGGUCAAAGAGAUCAGGAAACAGCUGAGGAUGGAGAGGCGAGGCAUACAGUGGAGCUCCUCCCACACAGACGGCAGCUCGCCACCCGUGCUCCUGCAGCCUCGAGCCACCCAGCACAGCAGCCCUGAGCAUCCGAAGUGUCCCUGUCCUCUGGUGGUUCCAGCCAUGACGGCUGCUUUUCUGGAUGAAAACCUUCCUGAUGGAACCCGACUACGUCCUGGAACCAAGUUUAUCAAGUACUGGAAGAUGAGAAACACUGGAUCCGUCGGCUGGAGCUCUGAUACCAAGCUGAAGUUCAUGUGGGGGAACCUGGGGGUGGGAUCUGGGGACCGCUGGAGGGAAGUGUCCGUUCCCUUCCUCCAACCAGGACAGGUGGGCAUCGUGAGCGUGGCGCUGUGUGCUCCUGCUGUUGAGGGCUCCUACACCUCCCACUGGCGCCUGGCCCAUGCCGGAGAGCAGUUUGGACCCAGGGUGUGGUGCAGCAUCGUAGUGGACCCUUUGGCUCCAGCACCCAUGUUGGCUGACGGGAUACUUGUGUCACCCUGUGUCACACCGCAGGGAAAGAACGCAGCAGUAAAGGAGGGAAAAGCCUGUGCAGCGUCUGGAGAACAGCCUUUAAUGUCAGUGGACCAGGAGGAGUUCUACAUCCCCUCUGUUGACCUGCUCACUGCCCAGGAUCUUUUGUCUUUCGAGCUGCUGGACAUCAACAUCGUCCAAGAGUUGGAGUGUGUCCCAAACAACACCCCCGCUGAUGUGACUCCCUGCAUGUCCCCUCUGCCACAAGAUGGACACCCGCUGGACACCCGCAGCCCUUCUUUGGGUCUAAUCCAGGAAGAGGCUGAAGUCAUUAAUAGCAUCAUGGAUGUCCCCAGUGGAGAAGGAUGUGGAGCUGAGGGGGACGGGGUCCCAGCUCAGGAGAAGGGGGAGCAUGACGUCAGCGGUUGUGAUAAAGUGAUCCAUUCGGUGAACCUGGAGGAGGCCCCGGACCACGGACCCCUGCAGGAGGCCUGUUCAAAGACAAGCAAAGGAAUGUGUCCGGCUGCUUCUGGGGGCUCUGCCUCCUCCUGCUCCCCCGACAGCAGCCCACUAAAUCCAGCAGCUCCCCUCCAGCCUUGUCUCCCCACCCCACUGAAAGGCUCCCUGCCGGCCCCCCUGUCGGUGGCCCUAACCCCUGUGGCGGGCCCCAGCUCAGCACCGGCCCCUCUCCAUUCUCUCCCCGGAGCCUCCACGCUGACGGAGCACACAGCCACAGGUGAAGCUGAUCAGACCUGUAAGAACAACUCUGAGUCCAGAGAGACAGAACCAGAGAAGAAGAGAGAAGGGACGAGAAGCCGCUCCUCUUCCUCAUCUUCAGAGGAUUACAUCAUCAUCCUACCUGACUGCUUUGACACCAGUCGACCGCUGGGGGAGUCCAUGUACAGCUCUGCUCUGUCCCAGCCGGGGGACGUUCCUAUUAAAUCCCCCUCAGACCCAGAGAACCCUGCUUCUGACCAAGUGGGCGGCACCACAGAGGAGGAGCUGGGUCAGCCGGGUGAAGCUCCAGACAUGGACACGUCUCCCAGUGACAUGCUCUGCACAUCUCAGACGCUGGAUGACGAACCUCUGACGCCUGAGGUGGUGGCUCCACCCACCACCGCCAUCACACCAAGACCAGAGAGCCGCGGGAAACCCGAUGCUGAAGCUUCCAGUGCUGCAGAGGACGCAGAGCUUCACCAGACGGAUGAAGCCUCUGGCCCUGGACCAGCACAGACAGGUGAUACUGAAGCUACUGAGGACAUAGAAGAUGACAAUCCAGAUGACCCAAGGCAUCCGGGCAUCACCAGCGGCCUGGUGAAAGGAGCUCUGUCGGUGGCUGCCUCCGCUUACAAAGCCCUGUUCACCGGACAGAGCCCCACUCAGCCUACAGUGGACUUGUCCACCCAGGACACCAUGAUGGCCGUGCUGGUGGAGAUGGGAUUUGGGGACCGGCCUCUGAAUCAGCGUCUGUUGAAGAAACACAACUACAACCUGCUGGACGUGGUGAAUGAGCUCGUCCAGAUGACCAACAAUGACUGGUACUCCACAAGGUACUGAUGGAUCAGAGGAAGGAGAACCGGAGAGGAAAGCAGCACAUGGUGGAAAGGAAAGAGGGAGAAAUUGAAAGAGAGAAAUGGAUCUUCACUCUUUUCCCUGUUUUAUUUUCUGUUUUUCUGUCCGUGUGUCCUCCUGAGUAUGAUUGAUCCUUCACCAGACUCAUAUUUCCAGUUUUACUGUCGGUGACGGCAGCAGCUUUCUUUCUGAGAGGAAACAGAAGAGAAGCAAAGCCAGUUUUACUUCUGGAUGAGUCGGAUCUUUACGUGAGGAACUAGCCAGAGACCUCCCUGGUUUUAAUGAUGGAACUUCACGUGUCUGAGAUGUUGAGCACAUUAUUGUUCUUAAGAUUUUAGUUGUUGAUACAAGAGGAAUCUGCCACAGCUGUUACAGGCGAGCUCAGAGAGCAGCUUCGGAUGGUGGAGGACGAAACACUAAUCCUGAUUUACUGAGAACAGAUGAAGAUCAUGGAGGUGGUUUUAUGAUCCACCAGGGCCGGGCGAUACCUCAAGCUUUUAAAUUAUAAUCAACAUAAUUUUACAUGAUAAAUAGGAUUAUUGUUUAUCUUGGUAAAAAGUCCAGGUUGCGUUAGAUGAGUUGCCCAUUUUUCCUUUCCUUGACUAUAAGCCAGCGUAAGAGGAGCUGGAGGCUCGGUUAGUUAGAGAUAGAAGUGAGAAAUGAUGCGAUACUAAAGCAGCAGUGUAUCAUGCCGCUGUUCUGCACUGUAGAUCAGAAUAAUGUGCCCGAUGGCUAUAAAAUAGCGAUGGGAAGUUUGGCUCUUUUAAAAGAUGAUGAUCUUUUGGCUCAGCUUCCUUAGAAGAGUCGAUUCUUAAACUUCCAACCUUCUCUUUAUUUAACUCUUUAAAGUAUGACCCAAUAAAUAAUGGGCAGAAAAUUCUCUUUUAUAAUGUGAGGACUUUAUUUGUCCCUUUAACAAAAUGUAAGAAAUAAAAAAUAAAAAUUAAAAAGAGGCACAAAUUAAAUUAGUUAUUGUAGUGCAGAAAGUGUCCACCAGGGGCAGACUGCAUAAAACUGAGCAAAGCUUUUACCAUAAAGUAAUGCAAUAGGUAUCAGAGACUGGAUGCAUCAGAUAUGAUGUGCACAUGGUAAAGGGUUAGUAUUUUAGCAUAAUUUAGACAUUGAGUUUCUAUAUUAAUAAGCACCUUUUUAGAAACAUUAUUAUUUAAUAUUUUAUGAAAACUGAACACAGAACGACAACAAAGGAGACCAAAGUCUUGAUGAAAAACAUUUCAUCCCAGAGGAAAGUGUUCAUGAACGACUCAGCUGCUAAAAACAAGGAAGACCCACAACUUGAGUUUUAUCGGGUCAGAAUGACCAGCUGAUGGUGGAGGUGUCUUCAUCUUUACUGGUAAAUUAUCAAGAUAGAAGUCAUACAUAAUAAAUAAAUGGAGAUAUGGUUUGUGAUGCACAUCGCCCAGCCCUGUGUGUCGCAUCGGCCCAGCUGAUGAUAACUAGCUGGCUGCAGCAUCCUGGUUCAGGUGGAGACAGUCGUCCAGUCUGGGAGACGGGAUGGAAGACAUUUCCACCCGUUUCCGCUCUGCAUUCUUUCUCUCAGCAGCGGAAGUUUCUGAGGAGCGUUUGGCUGAAAGUUGCAGCAGAAGCUCCAGCUAAUGUCAGAGCAGGCAGCCAGAUGUUUCUAAGUUUAAGGACUUGGAUCAUUCCUAACAUUUUCCAAGGAUCCAGUCACCCCAUUUGAAACCAGUAAACUCGACUGAAAUCCAGGAUCAAGCUGGUACAUGGUGACUCCAUCACACCUGUUUGUCUGUCUGGGUGAGGUCCGCCUUCAUGUCUCCAGGUUCUGACGGUCCAGGACCAGAGACGGUGCUCAGGUAGAGGCGGGUUGUGAGGAAGAGGAGGCUGAAGAUCUCUGCUGGAAUCAUGGAAAGAUCUGGAGAUGUAAUGCCAUGCUUUAUAAAUGUCUGAGUGUUAGCUGUUUCGUUGUAUUUUGUUCUGUUGUAGUGAGGACACUGGAUCUGCACACACACACACACACAUUCCCAUUACAACCAUAAAUCCCAGUUUAAUCCCUGCUGCUGUUUUCCCAGAAGUCAACGGUGUGGAUGCUUGUCUUGUCGUCAUCACCACACGUGCACAGAAAACACACUGUCUCUUUUCUGAGCUUUUGUUGUAAACUGAAAUUUUUGGACCAAUGAUGUUUAGUUGUAAGAGAUCACUGAAACCUGAUCAGGAUGAGUCGGGAUGCUGAGUAACAUCUAAAUAAACCAGAAUCCCAUCAUCCACAUUUUACUCCCAGCAGCAGAUCACCAACACAUCAGAGGAUGAAACGGAGACGUUUCACCAUGUGAUGAAAAUAUGAGCUGAUAGUGAAUCUGAUG